CCAUGCGGGCUUCGCGUGGCCGCAGCGCCUAGCGACCUAGGCAGCAGCCAAUGGCCAGGCAGUUCCUGUGCCGUCGGGCCAAUGAGCGUGCCGUGGGCGGGCUAUCCCGGUUCUCCGGGAGCUGAUUCUGUGGUUGAAGGAAUCAGCUCUGAGGAAGGGUCCUGCGCGCGGGCGGGCGGGAGUGACUGUCAGGGUCCCUGGGAGUGGCUGCCCCUCAGGUGGCUGCGGAGCCGGAGCCGGAGGCAGGCGGCCGCGCCACGCCACACCAUGGCGCCCACCCUGGCCACUGCCCAUCAGCGCCGCUGGUGGAUGGCCUGCACCGCCGUGGUGGAAAACCUCUUCUUCUCGGCAGUCCUCCUGGGCUGGGGGUCGCUGCUCAUCAUGCUCAAGUCUGAAGGCUUCUACUCCUACCUGUGUACCGAGCCAGAGAACAUCUCUGUCUCCAAUGCCACGGUGGAGGGCACCGCAGUGCCCGAGCACGAGGAGGUGAGCUGGAUGAACGGCUGGCUCAGCUGCAAGGCCCAGGACGAGAUUCUAAAUUUGGCCUUCACCGUGGGCUCCUUCCUGCUCAGUGCCAUCACCCUGCCCCUGGGCAUCGUCAUGGACAAGUAUGGCCCAAGGAAGCUCAGGCUGCUGGGCAGUGCCUGCUUUGCCGUCUCCUGCUUGCUGAUUGCAUAUGGAGCCAGUAACCCGGACUCGCUGUCUGUGCUCAUCUUCAUCGCCCUGGCUCUGAACGGCUUUGGCGGGAUGUGCAUGACCUUCACCUCACUGACGCUGCCCAACAUGUUCGGCGACCUUCGCUCCACAUUUAUUGCCCUGAUGAUAGGCUCCUAUGCCUCCUCGGCCGUCACCUUCCCAGGGAUCAAGCUCAUCUAUGACUCUGGAGUUUCGUUCAUCCUCAUCCUGGUGGUUUGGGCUGCCUGUUCUGGGCUGGUGUUCCUCAACUGCUUCCUCAACUGGCCUUUGGAGCCCUUCCCUGGUCCGGAGGACAUGGACUACUCGGUGAAGAUCAAGUUCAGCUGGCUGGGCUUUGACCACAAGAUCACAGGGAAGCAGUUCUAUAAGCAGGUGACCACGGUGGGGCGCCGGCUAAGUGUAGGCAGCUCCAUGAGGAGUGCCAAGGAGCAGGCGGCCCUGCAGGAGGGCCACAAGCUGUGCCUGUCCACUGUCGACCUGGAGGUGAAGUGCAAGCCGGAUGCCACAGCGGCCCCCUCGUUCAUGCACAGCGUGUUCAGCCCCAUCCUGCUGCUCAGUCUGGUAACCAUGUGUGUCACGCAGCUGCGCCUCAUAUUCUACAUGGGGGCCAUGAACAGCAUCCUCGAGUUCCUGGUCAGUGGCGACCAGAAGACAGUGGCCCUCUACACGUCCAUUUUUGGCGUGCUGCAGCUGCUGUGCCUGCUGACCGCACCUGUUAUUGGCUACAUCAUGGACUGGCGGCUGAAGGAGUGUGAGGACGUCUGCGAGGAGUCCGAGGACAAGGAUGCCAGCCAAGGCGAGAAGAAGAAGAAGAAGCGGGACCGGCAGAUCCAGAAGAUCACCAACGCCAUGCGAGCCUUCGCCUUUACCAACCUGCUGCUGGUGGGCUUCGGGGUGACCUGCCUCAUUCCCAACCUAAAGCUUCAGAUACUGUCCUUCAUUCUGCACACGAUCGUGCGAGGGUUCAUCCACUCGGCUGUCGGGGGCCUCUAUGCUGCCGUGUACCCCUCCACCCAGUUCGGCAGCCUCACGGGCCUGCAGUCUCUCAUCAGUGCUCUCUUCGCUCUCCUGCAGCAGCCGCUGUUUCUGGCCAUGAUGGGCCCCCUCCAGGGUGACCCCCUAUGGGUGAAUGUGGGGCUGCUCGCGGUGAGCAUGCUGGGCUUCUGCCUGCCCCUCUACCUGGUCUGCUACCGGCGCCAGCUGGAGCGGCAGCUGCAGCAGAAGCAGGAGGACGACAAGCUUUUCCUCAAGAUCAACGGCUCCUCCAACCGCGAGGCGUUUGUGUAGCACCGCUGCCCGUGCCUCUCGGACCGGCCCCUGUCCUCCUGCCCGCUCUGCCUGCUCCUGAGGACCUGUGCGCGAUCCAGGACCCUCCUUCACCGGCCGCCCCGGGGCCAGGGCGCUGCCUGAAGCUCUGCAGGGGAGGAGUGCGAGAGGGCUCAGGAAGGGUGCACCCCUGCUGCCAGAAGGGGGGUCUGCCCUGGUUUCACUCUGUCCCUGUCCCACCCCCGCCCGGGGAGCUGGGGGACUCUGGGGCGUCUGUAGGCAGACGCUCACCCUCCCGAGCCUGCGUUCCACCUCUUGCCAAAGCAGAGGAGUCUGCCACCCACUGCCUGCCACCUGUCCCUUGGCUGCAUGCCCACCAGCCACGCCCACCGAGGACAAAGCUUGCUCUGUCUGUACCCCUUUGCCUGGCCUUCACCUCCUCCCCUGGCCAGUCUGAAGUUGCCUGAGGAAGGAAGGACCCACUUCCUGUUGUUGGUGCUAACUCCAUUGUAAUUCCAGCACCCUGUGGCCUGGACCUAGCCUGGCCUCCCUUUCAAGGCCAAUGGGGAAGUCUGGCAGGGGCAGGAGGGUGGGCAGGUCACGAAGCACUCCAGGAGCCGGGGAUGAGGCCAGCUGGUUGCCCCUAACCUCCUCCCUCUGGGCCUAGAAGCAGGGAGCAUUUCCACUGCCACCUCGGUUUGGGUCUGCAGCCUGAGGGACCUUCAAGGCAGCCCCUCCCACCCCUUCCCCUCAACUGCUUGGUCCCUGGGGAGUGAGGCCCCCCCCCUCAGAAUCAGAUCCAAGCAAAUGGGAGGGUGAGGGGCAGAUGAGUGUGUGUGCAAGUAUGUAUGUGUGUAUGAGAUGGCUGUGGGCCGCGAGAGCUGGGCUCUGGGUGUCUGCCGAUGCCCCACCGCCCAGAAGGGAGUCAGCCAGGCUUGCCGCUGGCCAGGCCUCGCUCAGGGCCGCGGGGUCACAGCACCCCCUGCUGGCAGACGGCGCCGGAGUGGGGGACCUGUGCCCGCGGGACAAACUCAGACCUCGGUGUGCCGAUGGGGCUGGGUUGGUUUUCAGGUUUCUUUUAGUUUUACCACUCUUCUUUUUUAUAAAGCAAUAAAUCCAUUUUGCUCCUGGCAAA